CUGCGUCGAUUUCUGCGCCGCUGCGCGUGCUCGGACUCUGCGCGCGCGGGCCCUUUGGAGCGCGUCCCAGCUCCGUGGUAGCGUCCCGACGUCGUCCGAUGCCCGUGUGCCCCUAAAGUGGACUAAGCUGCGCCGCCGGUUGCCCCUACCCUGCGUCGUGUGUGCGCGCGCCAGCCCAAGGCCGAGCGGCGGCGAUGUCGUACGGCCAGUUCGGUUACUCGUCGUCUUCGCAGCUGAUGGGCGGCGGCGGCUCGGGCCACUCUCCGUCUCCUGCAACGGCGGCGUGCUGCGAACCGGCGCGUCCGCUGGUCGGCGAGUCCCCCGGCGCUGCGCCGGUGACGGCGGCCUCCGGGCCCGUGUGCUCAUUGCCGGCGGCCGGCUCGUACGACUCGCGCCUGCUAUCCAGCUACCCUCAGCUGGCCACGCCGCGCUUCUACAAUGCCGGCUACGGGGACCAGGCGGCCGCAGCUGCUGAUUACGCGAACCUUGCCGUCGACUCGUCCGCCUUCUACCCGACACUGAAUCCAGCGUACACAAUGAAAGAAGCCGCUGAUCCGUGGAGGGGCAUCACGCAACCAGCGUCCUAUUACUACGAUCCGGCUUUGGCUGCAUACGGGUACGGCGGCCUUGAUUUCAACGGCGCACGCAGAAAAAACGUGACUAGAGAUUCGACAUCCACAUUGAAGGCUUGGCUCAACGAACACCGAAAGAACCCUUACCCCACAAAAGGAGAAAAAAUAAUGCUCGCCAUCAUUACGAAGAUGACUCUAACUCAGGUGUCCACGUGGUUCGCAAACGCGCGACGCCGGCUCAAGAAGGAGAAUAAGAUGACCUGGGAGCCGCGCAACAAAGCCGAUGCCGACGACUCGGGCGCCGAGGACAAGAAGGACGACGAGGACACCCUGGACGAGCGCACAGCCAGCGUUCAAGACCCCAUGCGUCGCAGCGAUUCGACCAGGUCCUACUGCAGUUUGUCCGCACUGCAGCGUUCCCGGGAAAGCACGUUACGACCGCCCCAGACAUCGGCGGAGGUGGACCACGAGACUUCCGAGAUGCAGUCUUCCCAGCCACACCGGGCCAACGCUGGCUCAGAUCUCCACCAGCAGCGGCACAGCUACGGCCACUCGGCGAACCCGUACGCCCUCGGGGGCACGUCUCGGUCCCCAAUCCUCAACGGCAUCAUGUCUCUGGCGCCACCAAACUCACUCACGGGAUACACACCGGCGGCAUCCUCGGACAGCCCGUCGCCAGACCUCCAGGGCCUCGAAUCUCUUAUGUCCAAGUCGUCACCGAACGCCGCGGACGACUCGUCGGGCGCCGACAGCGCGCACAACAAGCCCAAGAUCUGGUCGCUGGCUGACACCGCGACGAGCAAGAGUCCCCCUCCACCGCUGCCGUGCUCGGGCCAAGCGCAGGGGCCUCCGGCCAGCGGUGGGCAGCCCAAGGAUACUGCAGGAGGCGCCGCCAGCCACGGCUCGGUACUGGGCUGGUUUUCCGGGGGAUACCACCAUCGGGCCGGCGGUGGAAACACGCCCACUUCAGCAGCUGCGGCGGCUGCGGCGGCUCACUUCGCCAGUUACGGCAGCAAUGGAUUCAGUCCCGGAGGAGCCGCGCCACAGACGGACACGCCGCCGCAGACGCCCCCCAACGCCAAGAUGGGCGCCACUGGAUCCUCCUCGCUUCCUUUCCACCUGGGCUCCGGCGGCUACUUCCAGGGCCAGAGCUCCGCCUCGCACCUCUACCUGGGCCAGGCGUCGGCCUCCGCGCCGCACUCGCACAUGGGAGUUGACAAGUCGUCGUCGUCGUGCGCCGGAGGCCCCAUCUACCGGGCCGCUGGGGGCUACGCGUCAUCGGCACCCGCCGCCAUCAUGGCCGCCGCUGCCGGAAGUCCCUGCGCCGACGGAGCCUCUUCCUCUUCCCGCUCGUCGUCCUCGGAGGACGAGUUCGCGCCGCCGCAGCACUACGGCCCCGCGGCCGCGGUGCCCGGCGCCAUGGCCGACGGCCUGCCCUGAGCUGUGAUCGCGCUGGCACUAGCCGUGUGUGAAAGUGGACUCCGGGGGCUUCGGCCCGAAGAAGAUGUCGCCCCUUCCCUCCCCUCCGCACCCAGGGGGGAGCGUCGACCUUGGCAUCGAGGACGAGGGCCGACGCGACCGCCUCCCACUGUCGUACACUUGUCCAUCGCCAUUCGGACUAGAGUGUCACUUCUCAUACGGUGUAGAUGACGGCGGUGCAUCAGAAUGCCGUCGGAACUGCUUUGGCCGGUGACAUCUCGCUUUAUUUUUCUCGGUUCGCACGGUGGUAUGAAUUCUCGGUUGCACUGAGACAGCAUUUACACAAAUCAUUCAGCGCCUCCUAGCUACGGACUGAUGUCUCAGGGUGGCUCGAAGGAAACAGAUCGCGGUGCGUUGCAGGCAGGAAAAUGACCUCUGUGAUGACUCCAUCAAGGUCCUUGCCGCAGUUUCUCAUAGUUCCUCUUUGUCGAGAACAAAGAGUAACAUCGAGGGAGGGGGGGUCUUAUAUGAAAAGCUGUGCGUGAAUGCGUGAUAUGCAAGAAGGAAAUAUGUGCUGUCAUCGCUUAUUUAAGCAAGGGGCUAAAGGUGGAAUUCGAUAGCAUUCAGGCCACUUGUAGCGCUUAAGUAAGACGUUAUGUUUGCAUUGUUCUUACAGGUCGACGUAUGAGCGUACAAACACGUCUUUACUCACCCGUGCACUGGUAAGCGAAUGCUUGAGUAGUGUGGCGUAUACACAGUAUUUCGCGUCUAAUUUCAAUUUGUUUGUAUAGAGAAGAAUCCCUUUUACAAAAUGAGGGCUGUUGAGCGUUUUUCUUUUCUUUUUCUUUUUGCAAAACUUCCCAAGUAUCAUGCCACUGUUUCACGGCACAGUCACUCUCCUUUUACUGUAGUAAAGGUCGGACAAUUUGGUUUUACCACACCGGAAAUGAAACGUGAACUUGCUGUUCUUGUUUAUAUUCAAUAUAAAAUGUUUCAGUAGCUGUGCCAAUUAAUUUAUUUUGUGCAAGACACUAGUUCAGUCGACCGUUGUUUUUCUAGCAAAGAUUAGGUGGAUACAUGACGUGACGAGAGCCAUAGCGCGAGAACAAUAAACGAAUGCUGUAAUGUGUGUUACAGUAAGUGGGCUUGUUUUUAUCUUACGAAGUUUAGUGCGACAUUUGGAGCAGACAAUAACUGCCUUUGCAAAGAAAUACCACGUAGACGCACCGCGGCAAAUGUGUGGUUUCUCGUUUUCGUAUAGUGAACUCAAUUGAUUAUUGGUUGUUUGGUGAGAAAAGGGAAUAAGACCGCACCUUAACUCUCUCUAGCUGGGCGCUGGCACCUGGUAUGAGGGUUGUUGUAUUGAGCGGAGUUUAGAGGUUUGUAGUGGUUAGAUAUUAAACAAUAGGGGAAUUGAAUUCUGAGGUUUUACAUGCCAUAACCACAAUUUGAUUCUGAGGCACGCCGUAGCGGGUGACUGCGGAUUAAUUUUGACCACCAGGUUAUCUUUAACGUGCGUCAAUGCACGGGACAUGGGCGUUCUAGCAUUCCGCCCCCAUCUAUUUGCGGCCGCCGCGGCCGGUAUUUGAUCAUUCGACCCCGUGAUUAGCAGCGCAACACCAUAGCCGGUAAGUCAUUGUGGCGGGUUAAACGAUAGGGAGAAGAGAGAAGAAAAUAUACGCUAUAUAAACUGUUAAAGUUGCAUAGGUAAUACAGUUUUAUUUUGUUUAAAUAAGGUGAGACAUGGCAGACCCCAACAUUAGUAUACGUGUAACAAUACGUUUUUAUAGCUCUUAUCGGAAUCGUUUCUGUGAAUUAAGAGAUAGAGCGACAUAGUAAAUGCCCACUCUGUGCAAGCUAUGCACAAUGAGACAAAAACUAUGUAUACCGCUGCGAGAAACGCGCAUGUGGCGGUGUUUAGCGACGUCUACAAAUAUGGCCGAAGUUCUUGAACAAAUAUAACUAAUAUCUUGUGUAUUUGACGAGGGUUACUGUAUUCAUGGAAUCUCAGUAUGAUGUUGUGGUCGGAUAAUCCUGGGUGGAAUUGUGUUUCUGUGCUGGUGAAUCUCCUUGGGACGCACACAUCACGCAAGCAUACCACACAAGCGGUGUCGCAUCUCUUAUAUUGCCUGCCUCCCAUGUUUAUAUGCUGGGUAAAGAGAAAGAAAAGAUUGAGGGUGUGAUUAACGAACGGCUUUGUGAAUUGUUUGUUUGAAAUGAAUUUGAAAUGUGAAUUGUUUUGUUUUGAAAUGACAACUAAACAUGUUCAGGUCGUUAAUGGCGAAGAGACGUCCGUGGACAGAUUCUGCUCGUUGUUAACGUGAUUGCAAAAAAUAAGGGAAAAAAAAAGACAGCCUGGAUUAGUGUUUGUUCAGCAGAUGUCCUUGCAGUCUCCUAAAUGGUGGUUGCAGCAACUUGUACAGCUGACGGCCUAUAUAUGACAGCCUUAUUGGACAACUACUAGACAGAAGCAGAUACAUCCCUUUGCAUUAACAGCUGAAUGUGUUAAUUACGCGUGAAAAAGUCUGUCUGGCUUGUUUAUAGCCGCUGCAAAUUCUGUGACAUGAUUGCGGUCAAACAGAGAAAGGCGAUCUUAGUGGAGCUUCCGCGGUUCAUAUCUCAUUUUAAAUGGCUGGGACAGCAUGGUUAUUAUUUUUUUUUCUCUUGGUGCCUACGUAAUGAAUCUCUGCCAUCAAGUAGAUGUGCACUCUUGGGGCAAAGUUUAUGUACAUUGUCGUGCUUUCCCUCCCAAAACAACACCCGCCCCCUCCCAACCCCCGUACAUAACUUGCAGAAAUCAAAGAACUGGACGCAGUGGGUCAUGUUCACAACUGUCUUGUUCGUUUCGAAUUGAAUUCUGGGGGUUUACGUGCCAAAAGCACGAUUUGAUUGUGAGGCAUGCCGUAGUGCGGGACUCCGGAUUAAUUUUGAUCAGCAGGGGACCUUUAAUGUGCCCCCAAUGCACAGAACACGGGCGUUUUUUUUGCAUUUCGUCCCCAUCGAAAGGCGGCCGCCGCGACCGGGAUUCGAUCCCGCGACCUCGUGCUUAGCAGCGCGGCACCAAAGCCGCUAAGCCACCACGGCGGGUCUGUGAUGGAACUGGCGAAUGCAGAGGCACGGACGACGAAGAACUGAAUAAAUGCUCACAUGGCUGCGGCCUUCGUUGCGGAGUGUACUUUGAUUGUCUAUUAACUUCGGCUAUGCUGGUAGAGAUUGUGCAGUGUGCAGUUACUCUUGUGAAAUGUGAUUCGAAAGUGCACCUCUCCAACUGGAGGAAAGCAGAGCCUGCGAGGGGUAGAGAUUCUUUGUCCUCUGUGUCUUGUCCUUUAUUUUUUUUUUUUCUUUGUUUCUCGUGAUAUUCAAAAGAACGAUAAUACGGAAAGCACGUAAAGGAUAGAUAUGAUGAGGCGAAUUACCAAGUCCGCUUCAAUGCAUCAAUUCUUUUUGCUCGCUUCUACCCCAUUCUUGUCAUCCCGAGCGCCGAUCCAGAGCGCCGUCAGCGAUGAUCUUGAUGGUGUAGGGGCGUUGCCACCCAAGCCUAUGACGAAUGGCAGAGAAAAUUGGUCUGGAAUACAAACGGAAAAUAAUUGUUGUGUUGUUCCGGCCCGAGUAUAUGAGAGGGCGUAUUUAAUAAUUUUUUUUCUCGCGGUACAGUGUAAAUACGUCAUGUAGCGAAUCGUUAGGACGAACUAUAGCUGCGGGGAGGAGGCUGUCCACCCUGCUUAGAAGGUCUGUACAUUGUUUGAACUCCAGCAGAGAGAGAGAAAGGAGAUAUUUAAGUGGAAGUCUUCCAUUUCCAAAGGCGAGCAGGCGGUGGGCCGGAGCAAUAGCAACCAGCAGCGGCGACCAUUUAAGGGCGGGAAAUACGUGUGACGCGCACUCGUUUCUACGUUCUACCUUGUAUACGUUCCUCCCCUCCAGUUGACACAUGUUUACUGCAUAUGUAUAAGUGUAUUUGUACAUAAGUGUGAUCAAACGCGACAGUGUACACGAUUUGUGAAGGCUCUCGGGGCACCGUGCGACCCGCCGGCAAGGCCUCGCGUGCCCAUUCCUCGACAACGGGGCCACGCAGGCAGCGCGUGCCUCUGCCGGUGAGCUCGUGUUGCGCAGGUGGCCGCUUUCUUGUAGAUAUUGUUUCGUGCUAUACGACAUGUGUAAAUAUGUGGCAAAAAUGGAAAUAAAACAAGACAUGUGGAAAAACAAAGAAAAAAAAUUUUCA